AUGGCUUUCACUUGCGGCAUGCCCUCGAUCUCGGUCCAGGUCCGACUGCUGCUAGUGAUCGCAAUAUCGACCUGUUUCCUCAUCACAGAGCUAGCUGUUGGGUUCAAAACCCAUUCACUCGCCCUUAUUGCAGAUGCAUUCCAUUACACAGGCGACCUCCUAUCGUUCGUCAUCGCUUACCUCGCUCAGAAGCAUGCAUCUGCGUUGGGGCGGGACAUAAUCCCUGAAGAGACGGGUAUCGAACUCGAGGCCGCCGAAAACCGCACCGCAAUUAUCCGGAUCGACCAGAAGGAUGGACGCCAUGUUUUGCCUCUGCUCGCUGCUUUUUUCAACAGCGUCUUCCUGCUAGCUCUAGGGCUUGCAAUCUUCUUGCAGGGUCUGGAGAAGUUUGUGCAUCUUGAUGAAAUCGCCAACCCACAGCUGGUCCUGAUAAUAGGUUGUGUCGGUAUCUUAACCAACGUAGUCUGCGCCUGUAUUCUCGGAGCGGACGGCCAUCAUCAUCACGGCCACAGUCAUGGUCACGGCCACAACCACGACCAUGAUCCCCAUGCUCACUCUCAUGAACAUCAUCACGAUAUAAGAAGUGACGAAGAGAAGCUCUCCCAUGGAACAGCGCUCUCGAUAAAAGCAGUUCUCCUUCACGUCGCCGCCGACGCUCUCAACAACCUGGCCGUGAUAGUCUCGGCAGCCAUUAUCUGGAAGGUCCCGACCCAGAAGUCACCUGAAGACCGACCCCAUCAUGAUUCGGAGCAUAACCACUAUGGCAGCCCUCAUGCAAAGUACUAUGCUGAUCCAGCGUGUACCGUAUUCAUCGCUAUUCUGAUCAUGGCCAGCACGGGCCCGGUGGUGUUGCAGUCCGGCCGGGCGCUGGUGGCCACUGCAACGGGGACAAGUGUCAAGGAGAUCCUGUCAGAUACUCAAUCCAAGGAGGAUAAAGAAGAAAAGCACCAGGAGUAAAUGUCAGAAAUAAAUGCUGAUUGUUGGAUAUACCCCUCCGUCCGGUGUAUAUAUAUAUACCUUCCUUUCCCUUAACGAGUCAUCCAGGGACAUACUUGUCAUCUUUUUUCCAUCCUAAACAACUUAUGUAGGCUGCGACUACAUAACUAGCGCACUAAAGGACUGGAAAUCUUCUCUUUUCCCCUUCGUAUUUUUAAUUUAUUUCUCAUCAUAUUAGGAUGUAUAUAUUUUGGGAGAAUUCCUUCCAUUCGAUAUCCCAUUCUUGACCAGCUUUGCUUCCUGAUUUCUCGCCAAGUUUCGCUUAGGCGCCAGCCUGCUGAGUCAUCACAAUACAUUUGGCAGUAGUAAUUCUCUAUAUUUAGACUUUCUACAUCAGGUGAUCUAUUGGCUGCCCAGGUGCUCUUACUCAAUCGCUGCAAUAUUAUUGGCCUGAUGUUGUCAUUAACCUUCCAUAUUAAGUUUAGCUUCUUUAGUCAUCAGGCACUAGCUCCCGUCGACGGGAGGAUGUCAGGCACGUGAUAAACUUUGCUUUUCAGCCUCUUUACGAACCUCGCCUCCAUCCCUUAUUUACAACAACCACAGCAACCAACAAGGCAUAUGCAUAUUAUACCGAACGAAACCUCGAUUAAUAUGUGCUUGAGAUGCUGUUCUUUUUGCCUGGGCUUUUCUAGCAUCCAGGGAUCCAGGGAGGCAAAACCAAGUUACGGAGUGCGCUGCAGCCCGAUCAGUCAUAUACGAGCCGCUGGUCUGGCUGACUUUUCAGCCUUGUCUUACAUCCUCAAAUAAGACUCUCCAGCCAAUUAGAGCGCGGACAAAUAUAUAGGCAACCAUGAACCUCCUGGGCAUCCAAAUUCCCGUGGAGGCUCGAGUUAGAUGAGAUCCCCAGUUGAUCUCUGUCUCUCGAGAAUGAGAAAAGAGAGAAAAGAACCUGGUCUGAAUGGACAGGUAACAGGCCAGUCCUUAACAUGAUGACCU